AUGAUGAGAACUUAAUUAUCUUUCUUAAUUGUAGUGUGUUUAUUGAUUAGUUUGAGCUAAGCAUUUUUGAAACAAAAAAAUCAAACCGCUAAAAUUGCUAUCCCUUCGAUUGAAUCAUUAAGAAAUCAGGAAUGGGUUGAGAUAUUCAGAGAUGAUUUUGAUGGAGAUAAACUAGAUACUAGAUAUUGGACAGCUCGUAAUAACAUGACACACACUGAUUGGGAAUAACAACUUUAUAUAGAAGAAGAUGUCUAUGUCGAAAACGGAAAUCUAGUAUUGAGAACUAGAUUUAAUCCAAAAAUUUAUUAACCUACUCAAAGACUUUACAAUUACACUUCAGGUUGGGUUGACAGCUCUGAAAAAUUUAAUUACAUGUUUGGCUAUACUGAAGCUAGAAUUAAAAUACCUAAAGUUGUUCUUGACGAUCCAAUUUGGCCUGCAUUUUGGAGUAUCGGAGAAGGAACUUACUGGCCAAAUGGUGGAGAAAUAGACACUAUGGAGAUGAGUGCUACUUGGAACCCAGAUUUUCUUCCUCAUAUUUAAGGAACCUACCACUGGGGUAAAGAUGGUGACUAAUGCAAUGCUUGUGGAACUGAGUUCCCUUAUUAUCUAGAUUUUAGCGAAUAUCACACUUACACAACUGUUUGGAAUGCAACUUAAAUUGAUUGGUAUGUUGAUGGUAUUCUUUAUAGAACAAAUGUUAAUGGAACUAUUUAUGAAAAAAUGUCUUCUCCAGUUGAUCUACCCCACUACAACUAAUUCCUUAUUAUUAAUGAUGCUCUAUGGGGAGAACCAACACCUAAUCCAUAAGACUAUCCAAAGUAUAUGUACAUUGACUAUGUAACAGUUCUUCAAACUAGAGAAACUUAUGAAUCUUAAAGAUAAUAAUAGUCUGUUGCAUGA